AUGAGCACCGAUAUAUUUGCGGAUCCAUCCACUGAUGCUAACUAUUGGCCACGAUUUCUUAUGCAACUUUUUAUCAUACUUGUACUAGUUCGUAUCAUGGGAUGGAUACUUGGAUUAAUCAAACAACCAUCGAAAAUUCAAUCUUCCNGAGAUGGAUUUGCCGCACCGGACCGACCAGCGUUCAUCCUAUUCAUAGCAUCAAGCAUGUCAUUUACUGCUUUUCCAGUUCUUGCUUCGAUUCUCACAUCGAAGAAUUUGAUAUCGGCCAGAAUCGGUACUCUAACGAUUAGUUGUGCAGCCAUCGAUGAUAUUAUGGGCUGGUGUUCAUUAGCUAUUGCUGGUGCUUUUGCUAAAGGAUCGGGAAUCAUCGGUUUAUGGGUCGUGUUGAUUGCUAUUGGCUAUGUCAUAUUUAUGUUUACAAUAGUCAAGUGGACGCUUGCAGCUGUACAUAAUUUCUUUCUGAAGCGCAACAACGAAAUGAACAGUUUCUUUCUUAUUGGUGUAUUUCUUAUUUUAAUUGCGUCUGCAUUUUUCUGUGAGAUACUUGGUAUACAUUCAUUCUUCGGUGCAUUCAUUGCUGGUAUUGUCUGUCCAAAGUCAGGCAAGUUCAAUGCUGAACUAUUUCCUAAAAUCGAAUUGGUCACUGUUCAUUUGCUACUUCCAUUAUUCUUCGCUGCUAGUGGUAUGAGAACAAGUUUAGGAUCGUUAGAUGAUAAAUUCUACGGCGGUAUAACAGUUCUUAUUUUUGUUGUUGCUACACUUGCAAAAUUUAUACCGGCAUUCAUAAUGACAAAGAUUACUACACGUGAAUCAUGGAAGUUUUCUGCAGCUGUCGGUAUUCUGAUGAAUACACGGGGUUUGGUUGAGCUCAUUGCCUUAAAUAUCGGUCUUCAACUUCACAUUUUGUCACCUCGUCUAUUUACCAUGUUUAUUAUCAUGGCACUAGUUACAACAUUUAUGACUUGUCCAUUACUUUGGCUUGUUUAUCUACGAACAUAUAAACCUGAACCUUUGAUCAGCAAUACCCAGUCGAAUAAAAUCAAUAUUCCUGGAAGACGUUAUCUUCGGACACAUUUGCCGACUACACGUAUGAGUAGCGUAUUUACCAAGACAGUCAACUUACCAAGAAAACAUUAUCUUAAACCAUUGCCGACAGUAUCAAGUUUUACCAAGUACUAA